GUUGGCUAUGUAAAUGGUCCUGUUAUUUAGUCUGGGUAGAAACGGGUGGGUUUUCAGGAGGGAAACUUUGUAAGGUUUAAUAUCCAUAGAUAGCCACGAUUAACGCAUACGGUUCAAUUAUACCAGCCAUUGAAACCAUAUUGAGAGGACCUCACUAGUCAUGUCUGGCAUUGCGUUGAGCCGGCUCGCCCAGGAACGCAAAGCGUGGCGGAAAGACCAUCCUUUUGGAUUUGUAGCUGUACCAACAAAAAACCCAGAUGGAACGAUGAACUUGAUGAAUUGGGAAUGUGCCAUUCCUGGGAAGAAAGGGACUCCAUGGGAAGGAGGCUUGUUCAAACUGCGCAUGCUGUUUAAGGAUGACUACCCUUCCUCGCCCCCCAAAUGUAAAUUUGAGCCUCCCCUGUUCCAUCCCAACGUGUACCCUUCAGGCACUGUCUGCCUGUCUAUUCUGGAGGAAGACAAGGACUGGAGGCCAGCCAUCACCAUCAAACAGAUCCUAUUAGGUAUCCAGGAACUUCUAAAUGAGCCUAAUAUCCAGGAUCCAGCUCAAGCAGAGGCAUACACAAUUUACUGCCAAAACAGAGUAGAAUAUGAAAAAAGAGUUCGAGCACAGGCCAAAAAGUUCUCCCCGUCGUAAGGGUGAACGCACCACUCGGAAGACAUGGUUCUAUCGUGGAUCUCCUCCCCUUCUCAGUUUCUCAAUGAAUGUGACCCUCUCACAUUGAGACUUGAUUAAGGACUUCUAUUUAAUAACUCCCACGCAUUCUGUGCCAUCCGCUCUUCUGAUUUACCAUUUUUAUUUCAAUCGCAUCCUGACCAUCGGCUGGUGAGUGCGUGUGGCACGGGGAGGGAAUGGUUGCCACAGUGACCUGAAUGCCUCCCUUUUUAACCCCUCGACUUCUGUUCUGGUGUGAGGGCCGUGUAGGCUGCACCGUAGUUUCAACAUUGAUCCUUCUCUUUCAAGGAGUUACGUCUCUUGGUUGGGUUUUGUUUCUGUUCAAAUGAUUCUGUCACAGGGUCUGUUCCUUAACUCCCCCCUCCUUCCCUCUAUCUCCAAUCCUUGAUUUUAAAUGUAAAAAGUUUUGCUAUUUCUUCAAUGUCAGUAUUUCAAUUGCUGUAUCAUGAAUGGCACUUUUAUAUACUGUCUUAUCACACUAGUGUCUCUAGAUGGCUCUCUUGAUUCUCUGAUGCAGGUUUUCUAUUCAGCAUGCUGUAAUGUAAGAUAGAAUCUGCUGCCUUGGCUGUCUUUGUUCAUUGGAGUGUUUGGUAUGAGGAAAAAAAUCAGGGACCAUGUGUGGUCACUCUGAAGACAGGUAGGCUUCCUUCUGUAACAGACUCUAUGGUGCUUUUGUUCAUGUAUGUGUUAGAGUAAAUAAAAAUGUUUCUAUAAA